AUGUCCGAGAUAUAUAAAGUUUUUUUGACAGAUAAAUAUAUCAAACCGACCCGUUUGACAGAUAAAUAUAUGCGCAAUAUGAGAUUGCGCAUCGUCUAUUGCUACGGUAAUACAAUGGGAAUGAAACAAGAAGCCGAGCGUGUCAACCAGCUGAUAACUGGCAAGGCAACGUCAUCUGGGGUGAUAAGUGAUCCGCGUAUCGUGAAUUGUGUUAUAGGAUCGGUGGAGUUUAAAUUCUUGGUGGAUUCGGGGGCGACAGUGAAUACGGUAACUAAGAAAGGUUGGGAGAGGAUCAAGGAAGAAUGUAGUACGGUAAUUCAAGACAUUACAUUGCACCCAGAAGAAAUUUUGAAAGGAUAUGCUACUCAUCGACCGUUAGAAGUGAUAUGUUCAUUUCGGGCUUAUGUGGGGGUGAAGGAUGCUGGACAGGACAGGCAAUUGGCCAAGUUUUUUGUAGUGAACGGUACAGAGAUUUCACUUCUCGGUUUUCAAACGGCAAGUCAGUUAAAAUUAUUAAGGAUAGGGCUAGGGCUGCUAAAGAAGGAGAUAAAUUGUGCCGAAUUAGUUGGGAGAAAAACGAGCAUCGACAACAGUGAAUCGGGGCCAGGUGCGGCUGAUCAGUGGGUCAAAUUUCCGAAAAUCGGUGGGGAGCCGGUAAAAUUCCGAAUAGACACAUCAGUGAUACCAAAGCGCAUAAUUAGAUAUAACGUCCCGAUUGCGUUCGAGAAAGCAGUUAAUGAAAGACUUGAAGAUAUGGAAAGAAGGCAGAUUAUAGAAAGGGCUGAUAGGAGAGGUAGCACGAUAUCAUUUGUAUCACCAAUGGUGCUAGUUCCGAAGGGUCAGAAGGAUUUCAGAAUGGUUAUAGAUUAUCGGGAGGUGAACAAGGCAAUAGUUCGUGAGCCCUAUCCAAUGCCGUCGCUUGAGAAAGUGUGGGCUGACAUACCUCAUAAUGGAGGAAAAUUAUUUUUUACGAAACUAGACUUAAAGGAUGCAUAUUUUCAUAUAGAACUUCACGAAGAGGUGCGCUAUUUAACCACUUUUAUGACGGCUAACGGUUUGAUGCGAUUCACGAGGUUGCCUUUUGGGUUGUCGUGUGCACCUGAGUUGUUUCAGAGUGUUAUGGAGAAGUUAUUUGCAGAUUGUAAGAAUUUAGUGGUAUACAUGGAUGAUGUUCUAGUUUAUGGGCGAUCUUUAGAGGAGUUAGAGAAAUUAGUGAAGGAAGUAAAAAGAGUGAUUGAGAUAAAUCACCUAACGAUUAAUGAAGAAAAAUCGUUAUAUAAUCAGGAGAAAGUUGAUUUUUUGGGUUUCACAAUCGACGGACGAGGUAUUCUCCCCACCAAAGAGAAGAUUUCAGACAUAUUAAAGUUCGAUAGACCAAAAGACGUGUCCGAGGUGCGGAGUUUUUUGGGCAUGAUAACAUUUAUAAGCCCAUUCAUAAAAGGAUUUUCGCAUAAGACUAAACCCUUACGGGAUUUGUUAUCGAAAAAAGCAAAAUUCGAAUGGAAAAAAGAACAACAGGAUGCGUUUGAGGAGCUAAAAAUUGCAACAGAAAAUGAUUUGAUUAAGAGAGGAUAUUUCGAUGCAAAAGACAAAACCAUUCUGUACACUGAUGCGUCACCCUGGGGGUUAGGCGCUGUUUUAGCACAAGAAGGUUAUUUAGACGGAGAAAGAAGGAUUAUAGCAUGCGCAUCGAAGAGUCUUACAGAGGUAGAAGGGAGAUAUCCACAACUUCAUCGUGAGGCGUUGGCUAUAGUAUGGGCCAUGGAAAGAUUUGCAUAUUAUUUAAUUGGCAGAAAAUUUACAUUGCGGUCAGACAGUGAAGCCUUAAUGUUUAUGCUUAGAGGAAAACACCGCAAGGACAUGGGUAAAAGGAUAAUGUCAAGAGCAGAGGGCUGGUUCCUGAGAAUGGAGCAUUUUUGUUACGAAUUCGAACAUGUAGCAGGAAAGGACAAUAUAGCUGACGCAGCCUCUAGAAUUGGGGAAAAGCGAAAUGAUCCGCAAUUCGGAUGGGGAAAGGAACCGCAUGAGCUAUGUUUGGUAGAAACAGAGAUUAACUAUAUUAGUGAAGGACUAGUAGCAAUGACGUCACAGGAAGUGCAGAAGGAACAACUGAAGGAUAGGGAGUUGCAAGAGGUUAUGCUUUGGUUAGACAAAAAACAGAAAUGGCCGACAGAAAUUGUGAAGUUCCAACCAUUUCAACGUGAAAUGUACAUCCAGGAGGGAUCACUAAUGAAGCAGGAAAAGUUAGUAUUGCCUGAAAAUCUGCGUAAGAGGGCUUUAAGUCUAGCGCAUCGAUGUCAUCCAGGAAUGUCAACAAUGAAGAAUAUUUUGCGGCAAGGGUUAUGGUGGCCCAAUAUGGAUCGGGAGGUAGAAUCUUUUGUAAAAAGUUGUCCGGAGUGCCAGGUUAUUAAAGCAGAUAGCCAUCCACCUCCCAUCACAUUGACGGAUCUCCCUAACAACCCGUGGGAUUAUGUAUCCAUAGAUUUUGCUACUUUGUCGGACGUUUUGCAUUGGAAAGCAUUAGUGUUCACAGACAAUUAUUCCAGGUUUUUAGUUGCGGUUCCGAUAGAGCGAGCUGACGGGGAGGCAGUGAAAGCAGUUCUUAAAAAAGUUUUUAACACUUACUAUGUACCAAAAACUAUAAAAGCGGACAAUGGACCACCUUUUAAUAGUGUGGAGCUACAAACUUGGUUGCAAGAGGUAUGGGGUGUUAAGUUGAUUCAUUGUACACCGCUGAACCCAACAGAAAAUGGUCUGGUUGAGAGAAAUAUGCAAGGCAUAAACAAAAUUGCAGCAAUUGCAAAAAUUAGAAAGCUUAAUUGGAAAGAAGCUCUUGCCGAUUAUGUGGCAGCAUAUAAUUCCUGGCCUCAUCAUGUGACGAAAAUACCCCCGGCGGAACUUAUGUUUGGUAGGGCGGUCAGGGGUUUAUUGCCAAACAUGAAGUUGAACUCAAGGCAGGCGCUGGAUGAUGAACUCAGGGAUCGAGACAGAACAGCAAAGUUUGAGCGAAAUGCAAGAGAGGAUGAGAGGCGCCGAGCUAAAAAUACAAGUAUAAAAGUUGGUGAUAAGGUACUUGUUAUGCAGCAGAAAAGGGAUAAGGCCGAUACAGCCUAUAAAAACAAAUUUUAUAAAGUAACUAAAAUGGAAGGAAUUGGAAGAGCGACAAUAAGGGAUAUGGAAAAUAGUAAGGAGUAUCAGCGCAGCGUUAAGCAUUUAAAGAAAUUUGUGGACAGAAGUGAUGACCAGGAGAGUGAGAUAGGUAUUGAGGAGGAGAAUACAUCGCUGGAAGUACCCGAAGGAAUGGAACAGGUAGUAGAACGGAAUUUAUACCGAGAACUAGAAGUAGAGCGACCCGUGGGAAGGUCGAUUCGGAGGGCCGAAACGGAUGGUAGGAUUAGAGAAGCUAGGGAAAUUAAGCGUCCAUGGAGGUUUCGAGACGGAAGUAUGUGAAGGGUGUAGGUUAAGUUUAUAUCAUAAUACAUUUUGGGAUGUGAAAACCUUUACAUAUUUUUUAGUAAAGGGAGAAUGUGGGAUCCUAGAGUAAGAAAGAGAAAGAAUGCGAUGUAUGAUGGUUGAAGGCAGUCGGAGUUGAGCAGCAAAUAAAGAAGGUUGUGUUCCGGUAACGAACGAGGUGGUGUGCGUGUGUGUGUACUCUGUACUGGUAGGAUAUCACAUGCACGAUGUUCCUUUUUCUACCAAACCCCGGCGAUUACAGGGUUUUCCAAUUGAGUUUAGACUAGCCGCAUACUUUUUUUGAAUAGUCGCAUUAGAUUCUUGACUAGCAUCCUCUAUUUUUGAUUACGAGCAAUGGAUUAUUGACUAGGAGCAAUUGAUUUCAGCAGGUCCUUGCAUGACAGCCUAAGAGCGUCGCGUUGAUAACACCCGGUGUAACAGAUCGACUUGAAUAAUAAUCUGUGGAUAUUAUUUAAUUUCAUCCGCUCAUUAGUUUAACGUGUUUGUUUUACUACUAUAUAUCGUCCACAAAAUAAGAUAUAUUUUAUCUGAUAGGUUUUUGGUGCUAUUGUCUUGAUUUUAUUAACGCACAAUACAACACAAAAGCACUAAACGGCUGAAUUGAAAUAUGCAGUAGUGAACCCACAGGCAUAACCUAACCAAAAGCUAGAUUAAGCAAGUUUUUCAGAGUGACCAUAUGUAGUUCUAUCGAUUUUCGAUCGAAUAUCGGUUUACAAUUGAGCACACUAAAACUCAGUUUUUCGAACCAAAAAUCAAAUUUUUUUUCAAGUAUUGACCAUUCAACCAUAAAAUUGGAAUUUAAUAAAAUUUAUGAGUGAAUAUAAAGUUGUUGUUGAUGACAGCGCCGCAUAAUUAGGUCAUCACGGCCUGGGAACUGACCGACCGAACGAAAACAAUUGUAAGCAAAUCUAAUGUAAACAAUAUCGACCAAAUAAAAACUGCUGAUCGCGAUCGAUCAGCAGAAAAUUAGUAUAUAAGUUAGGAAUAAGCAUGAAUAAAUCGACUUUCAAGCACAAGAACUCAAAGACUAAGUUGUUUGUCUGUUCCAAGCCAAGUCGGACGGUAAAAUCCUCCUGUCUUGGCGCUUCCCAACGAGUUCAGACUCGGUGCGGAAAAUAUAUGGUGGCUCCAGAGAGGAUUAGUAGAGACCUCGCAACGUACAAGUCGGAGGUUAACUUCCGAUCUUGAAACCCAGAGUCGGCCGGAACAUACAAGUCGGAGGUUAGCAUCCGAUCUUGACGAACGUAUUCCUGACCGAUAGAAAAAAACAACCGGCGCUCCAACGGAGGAAGGUUCGUAAAAGCGGAAAACAUCGCGAAUGUAUAAUAGUAGCCAAAAACAAACAAACAAAGUGCAACAAACCAAACGAGUGCAAAAAAACGCCUGAAACAGUGCUUAAGAAGUCCAAGGUACAGAGACAGAAUUCAGUAAGGCGCCGUACGAUCACCGAUAUAUUGUGAUUGAAUAAAGACACCGGUGGUAAAAAAAACGACGUUCGCUAUAUCGUUUCGGUCGUACCACAGGUUUGUAAACAAAACAAAAAGGGUGUGUGUGUGCAGUGAAA